AUGGUACACCUUGUGGCUGUACCAGAGACAAUCACGGCAAGUGGCUGUGCUUGUGUCUUUAUUGACACCAUCUUCCGACUUCAUGGGUUGCCCCGUAAACUCGUAUCAGACCGAGAUCCACGAUUCACUGCUGAUUUCUGGCGUUCCGUGUUCAAAUCACUCGGCACGCGCUUGAAGAUGUCGACAUCUGAUCAUCCAAAGUCAGAUCGUCAGACGGAACGUGCCAAUCGUGUCCUCGAAGAGAUACUUCGAGGAUACGUACACUCCUUUAAGAGUUGGAGUGAGUUUUUGCCAAUGGUAGAGUUUGCCAUUAACAACUCGGUGCAUGCGUCCACGACCCAUACACUGUUUUACGUGAAUGGCUUGCGCCAUCCGCGUGUACCCACUUUACUCGAGUGUAACUCUGGUUUAAGGGGGGGAGGGACUCGUGCGAGCAAAAACCGAUUUGGUUCACGCUCAUCACGCUCUGACGAAGAGGUCAUUGCGUUUGAUGCCGAUAUCGAUAACAUCGAUAUCGAAGAAGAUGAUGCCAGUGAGAGUGCGGAAGCCCUCACUGAAGAAACGGUUGAUGUUGCUGCAGUGCGCUCACAGCGCACUGAAGCUAACGAGUCAUCAGAUGAGUUCAUACUGGCUCGUGAAACGGUAGUCCGUUUUGUGCAAGACUCCAUCGCCGAAGCGGUGGAUAAGCAAAAUCAAAACGCUGACAAGAAUGGAAGUGCAAACACUCUUUUACUUAAUAAAGGUGACUUAGUCCUACUGUCUACGGUUAAUCUACCAAAGCAUGUAGUGAUUAACUUGGGUAGUAGUUUACUGCUACCCAAGUACAUCGGCCCAUUUCGUGUAUUGCACCGCCUAGGCAAUGCAUACACGAUCGAGUUGCCACGUAAGAUGCGAACACAUCCCACGUUUUACGUUGGUCGGCUUAAGCCGUACCAUCCGUACGCUGCUUCUUCCGAUGAAGAACGCCCUUGCGCUCAAGCAUCUCGCAGAGAGCCUUGUGCUCCCGAUGGUGGGCAUCAACAAGGGUCUGAAGAGCAGCUAUCUCAGCCCGAGACCGAUCAACAGCCCACGAGCUACCCUUAG